GGGACUUCCACAAGAAACAUAUGCAACAAAUGUUGAAUUGCUGAAGCUUGAAGGUUUUCGUUUCCAUAAUGACGGUUUGACUUCUGCAUUUGUACGCUUACUGUGCAUAUGCCCGCAGUUAUGCAAACUUGAAAUAACUUUUUCGUGGACAGAUAUUAAGUGUCAAGAACCUACACCUGAGCUCUUGAAAAAACUUCGUUGCGUGGUUCAAGCAUGCGGAAAGCUACUCUUUUUGAAACUUAGAUUUUUUACGGGAUUAAGGCUCGAAAUACUUUUCAUAAAGGAGAUGCUGGGCUGUCUUCCCGCACUUGAAAAAGUUAUCAUCAAUUGGCCUGGGUAUACGAUUGAUGACAACCAGAAACAUGAGAUUAUGGAAGAAGUUUUGCUUUCCCCACGUGCAUCUAUCAAAGCAAAGAUUGUUUAUUAGUGGCUAUUUU